CAGACUGCAGAUACUACUUCCCUUUCUGUCUGCUACUGGGGUCUGAAGUGCUCAGCAUGUCUCUGCUGGUUCUCUCUGCGGCCGAUGUGGCGAAAGUGACCGCCAAAUUCACCCCCGACGAGCUCGUCGCGCUCAUGGCCGACGUUUUCUCCAGACUCUCCGAGCGGCACCGGGGCAUCCACCAACCGCAUCGGACGGCGAUACCCAUGGAGCACCAUACAACGUUGUUUAUGCCGUCGCGCAUAUCGUCGGCGGGGACGACGAUCAAGGUCGUCUCGGUGCCCUCCGCGGAUGCCCCGAAGGACGUCAAGGAGAAGGGCCUUCCAGGGACGACCAUCGUGCUCGACGAGCGGUCGGGAGGUGUGAGGGCGAUCGUGAACUCGAGAAGGUUGACGGCGCUGAGGAAUGCAGCGGGUUCUCUUUUGUCUGCCCGACUCGCUCUUCUUGAAGGUGCACAGCCUAGACAUAUACUAGCCAUCGGCGCCGGGGCUCAGAUCCAAGCCCACCUUGCGCUGUUCCUCACCGCAUACCCCUCUAUCGAGGAGUGUACUAUUUACAACCGGUCGCGCAAUGCUCGUCUCGAAACCCUGCGCGAAAUGCUAGCCUCUACCUUCUCGUCGGUUCGCGUAGCAGUCGGCGUGCUGCCAGGCGCCCAUUCCAAGCACAAUGAGGCAGAGUACCACGACGCCGUCAGACAGGCGAACAUCAUCAUCACCGCCACCUCUUCGACGCAUCCGUUAUUCCCUUCGAAGCUCGUGCGGAAAGGGGCACAUUUGUGCCUUAUAGGCUCGUAUAAACCUGAGAUGCACGAGAUCGAUACAGACCUGGUGAAGCGAGCAGGAAUCAUCAUAGUAGACCAGAAGACCGCAUGUCUGCAAGAAGCAGGAGAGCUCAUCGACGCCGAGCUGUCAGAAUCUGACCUUAUUGAGAUCGGUCAACUAUUCGAUUACAAGGCGAAGGAACGCACCUGGAUUCCGCGCGAGGGGCCGGUCGAGGAAGUGCAGACCUCGGGCGAUGUCACGAUCUUCAAGUCCGUGGGCGUGGGCGUGCAAGAUGUCGCAGUAGCGUGCGCGGUGGUUGAACGUGCCGUCAAGGAGAAGAUCGGGGUCGUAGUGGACGCAUACGACGAGGACGAGUAAGCGUCCAGAGCUAUAGCGAGUGCAUACGGGCUGUGUUGAUUGACUGUACUUACUCAAAUGCUAUGACUUUAUCCAGGCGGCGGCCGUACAAACACUC